UCCAGUUUAAAUUGUGGAAGUGUUAAAGGGAUACUUGUCUGCAGUGUUUCUGGCAGAGUGUAUGAAACAUGCUCACAAGCAAGUUUAAUGAGUCCUUGUUUGUUUCUACCUGACUGUUCAUGCAGUCUCAGUGUGGCUGUGGAGACAUCUGAAGAAGAAACUGUGGCAGUAUGUAGGGAUGGGAGUACAGGGAGAUUGGUGACAGCAUUUAAUACACAUUCAAAGCUGACACUCAGAUGGCAGAACUGGACAUGUAUUAUGGUCUGGUGGCCACACUGUGGCGACUGUUCUUAUACUGCCAAGUACUUGAGCCAACGGACACUAAUAGUUUGGCAAACUUCUGAUUACCAGGCUUUAAGCUAAGGUUUACUUUUAGCUACUAAAAGGGAAAAUGAAAGUAGAAAUAGAGAGACUGAGAGAGAACAUUCACUACAAAGAUCUUGAUAUAUUAUAUAUAUAUUAUUGAUAUAUUUUUGAAUUAUGUUAAUGUCUUGUUGUAUUUGAAGUGUCACAGUUAAGGAAACUUUUCUUUAAUUUCUUUGUCCUUAUUGAUUUAACAUAUACUGAAAUGUGUGCUAUCAGAACAUGUGCUUUCUGCCAUUAAAUUUAGGGGCUUGGUGGCCCAUGGGGGCAUAUUUCCUUACACAGGAAACUCUGUGUAGGUUAGGACCAAUAAGGAUCAUUGAUUCAGCAUGUAAUAGCGGACAAGGUAACAAAACAACAACCCCCAGAGACCAGAAAACAUGAAGAGAACUGAAGGAGUCAGCCUAUUGGAUAAUUUGAUCAAGAUCAUGUAUAGAGGAUUUUAUUGUAAUUGCUUGCAAUGCUUUCAAUUAGAGAUGCACAGUUGCAGUUCUCUGUGUCGCUGUGAUCUUUGUUUUCAUGCAUGCAGAGUCUCUCUGCAGUUCUGCUUGUGUAGAAACUCUUGUCAGAUGAUGUGUGCGUUACACUUUCGUGUGGAGGUGAGUGCGUAUUUGUGUGUUUACGGUGCAGCAUUGAGUGCUGCUUUCAUGUCAAAGCCGGCCUCCAGGGAAGCCGAGGCAACAACAGAGCAGAACCAGAACAAAGUGUGAAUAAUGCUCAGUCGGCUGCAAAGAACCAGCCCGAGGACAACAACAGAACCGGAAAGUAGUCAGAAGUGCUUUUACAUCGCUCUCCUGAAAAUUUAAUGAAGAUUUAAGGUGGACUGCCUGAAGUUGCUUGUUCACACGUGCACCCCACAGCUGGGCACUUUGCCCACUCAAGGUGAAUUUUCCUGAUUAUAUCCUGCUGUGUUCUCACGUCAACUCCAAGUGGACAAUUUAAUAAAAAAUUCCAGGUAAAGUCAGGUUUAAAAAGGUGGCUAUUUUCCAUCACACAUGAUGACAAAAAUGUCAGGAAGUUUUCAGGAGUUUCUUGCAAAUGUGAAACCACUAAGACAGAGAGCGAGAGAAGGAGAGGAGAGGAUGAAGAAGAGGGGGAUUGAGUAUAAGAGCAAGGAGACAAAUUGGAUCAGAAGAGAAUAAAUGGAAGGAUGAAGGGAAGGAAGAAUUUUCAUAAAUACUGGAUUGGAAAUGAAGAGUGAAAGAGCUCUGUGUACUGCUGUCAAUUUGUCACACUAGCACUGGGAACUACCAGGAGGUAGUCACACACACACACACACACACACGCAUGCACGCACACACACACAUGCACACACACACACACACACACACCCACACAAACACACACACACAAAACAUUGUUCUUUUAUUCUAUUUUCCCUUCACCCAGAUGUCCACUCAGCAAGGAUCCAGAUGGCCUGGAUAGUGAAGAGGUGCUUUUGGAGCACACACAAACACACACAGACAUAAAUAUACACACACACACACACACACACACACACACACACACACACACACACACACACACAUACAAAGCAGCAUGGCCGUGUUUUUCUCCCUCUCACAGGGAGGAUUAACUCUCCUCAUUAGGACUCCCCCGCCUCUCCCCAUCGUCUCUCCUCCCCUGACGGCCUCCCUCGCUCUUAUUGGCUGCCUCUCCCAGGGACACCGCUGACUGGAUAGUCGUGACAACAGGACACAGGAGAGAGGGAAGGAGGUGGAACGGGUUGAUGUUGCCACGGCGAUAGAGGAGGGGACCACUCGUCAAAUCAUUGAGCUAAGGCUGAAAAACAAUAAAGUGGAGGGGUGAGGAAAGCGGGUUAAAGGGUGAGGAGGAGAGGAGUGGAAAAACAACAACAACUACAGCAAGGGAUUAGGCAUCGAGCAUCGAGCGAGCAAUCAUGAAGUCCAUUUAGGACAAAGCGGCGUUAAAAAUCCCCCAGACUAAGGUUGUGAUCAUCAGAGAUGAGCUGACAGUCCGAUUGGACAGCUGCUUUAGGUCUGUGUGGGAAAAAAAUAGAAGCACACAAAGGAAGGAAGAAAGAAAGAAAGCAGGUGAAAAUGGGAAAAUAUCAGCUCCUGUUCAGUCUCUCGGCCCUGAUAAUGUGAUGUUUCACUGCUGGCGAUGAUGAGCGAGAGGAGGUAAGCUGGUUGUAGUGAUGCCUGAGGCACAGGAAUAGAAGCAGAGAGAGAGAGAGAGGGAGGCUGGCAUUAUUGGAUAUGAAGAGCAUGCGUCAGCACUAAAGCAGCCAAAGAGAGAGAGAGAGAGAGAGAGAGAGAAAGGGUGACAGCAGAGUUGUGCGAGAUGCGGGGCGAGGUGGAGUAAGACUGACAUUGGGGGUGGAGGUGAUCACCGUGGUGUGAGACGGGACAACAGAAAUCGAGGGUGCUGGAUUUGUCACCUCCAGUGCCACACCUCGGCUGCAUCAUCACACCGCUCCACGACAUCAGCAGCCUCUACACACAGGACUGUAUGGAUUCUUUGAAUGUAUUCGGAAGGAUCAGCUUCACACCUCAGAUGCUUUAUGGAGAUAUAAUCCACUGAUGUGUGAAAAGAACAAACUCUGCACGAUUUAUAAAAAACAGCCUUUUUUUUUUUUGGCUUUCAGAGGAGGAAGAUUCCUCGCCUGCAAGGAAAGCAACAUAAAAUAGGAGGAAUUAUUGUCCGGAGCUAGACAGAGGAAUGCAUCACUAAAUCCCAUCUCGAUAAAGAUCAGCUCUUGUGUUUUUACAGACUGGUCAGUCAGUGAAUGCAGCACUGUUAUCAGUGUGUGAAAAUGUGGAAGUCAUUGUCCGUCCAUUUUCAAGAGGAGCUGACUAAAUGAAGAGGACAAUGAAGGUGUGACUAUUUGAGGUAGACGCAUCAUCAGUGAGAGAUUACAAAUAUUAUGCUCUGCUGUCUGAGACAAUGCACUGACAUGCAGAAUAUUGUUCUUCUAAUGAUACUAGAACAAAACCUCAAAGCAGGCUGAUUGACUGACCGACUGACUGACUGACUGACUGACUGACUGAGAGAGUGAGUGGGCUGCUGGAGCUGCGGCUAUCUGAGGACACGGUAGCCCCGGGGAGGAACCGGUGGAGUGUAUGAGCUCCAUCAUGGGUGAGACGGCAGAGUACCAGAGGCUGCAGGACACGUCAGAGUCCGACUACGAACGACUGCCCAGCGAUGACGAAGAGAAACUGGGCAGUAGUAUGCAGUGUGAGGAAGGCACAGAAUGGCUGCUGGAGCUGCUGAUGGAGGUGCAGCUGCAGCAGUACUUCCUGCGGAUCAGAGAUGACCUUAACGUCACGCGGCUGUCUCACUUCGACUACGUCAAGAACGAAGACCUGGAGAAGAUCGGCAUGGGACGACCUGGACAAAGACGACUGUGGGAGGCCGUGAAAAGAAGGAAAGCCAUGUGCAAGCGCAAGUCCUGGAUGAGCAAGGUGUUCAGUGGUAAGCGCCCAGACGGGGGGGACUUCCCCCAGCAGGGCCAGCCGGCCUCCUCCUUCCGUAAACUGUCUUCCACGCCUCCUCUGGGCCUCGGUGAGGGAGUACUGACCACUCAGCCAGAUGGUGGAGCUCCUCUUGAUGGGCAGCAGCAGGCUCUGACCUGCCUCAUCCCAGAGAAAGAUCUGACGCUGUUUGAGAAGCUCGGGGACGGGUCGUUUGGUGUGGUGAAGAGAGGAGAGUGGCUGACACCUGCAGGGAAGGUGCUGAACGUCGCUGUGAAGUGUCUGAAGACGGACGUGCUCAGCCAGCCCGACGCUCUGGAGGACUUCAUCUGUGAGGUCAACGCCAUGCACUCCCUGGACCACCAGAACCUCAUUCGCCUCUAUGGUGUGGUGCUCACACACCCAAUGAAGAUGGUGACCGAGCUGGCUCCUCUGGGUUCUCUGCUUGAGCGCCUGCGGUGUGUCCGUCCUCAGGGCCCGGUGUUGAUCCACACUCUGUGUCAGUACUCCGUGCAGGUGGCCUGUGGGAUGGCCUACCUGGAGCAGAGGAGGUUCAUCCACAGGGACCUGGCUGCUAGGAACAUCCUGCUGGCCUCAGCUCACAGAGUGAAGAUCGGUGACUUUGGCCUGAUGAGGGCGCUGCCUAACAACCACGAGCACUAUGUCAUGCAGGAGCAUCGAAAGGUCCCCUUUGCAUGGUGUGCCCCAGAGAGCCUGAAGACUAGAACAUUCUCACAUGCUUCAGAUACAUGGAUGUUUGGAGUCACGCUCUGGGAGAUGUUCACACAUGGCCAGGAGCCUUGGCUGGGCCUUAAUGGGAGCCAGAUCCUGCACAAGAUUGAUAAAGAAGGUGAGCGCCUCCCUAAACCUGAGGACUGUCCACAGGAUAUCUUUAACGUCAUGCAGCAGUGCUGGGCUCAGAAACCAGACGACAGACCUACGUUUGUCGCCCUGCGCGAGUUCCUGCUGGAGACCAUGCCCACAGACAUGUGUGCUCUGCAGGACUUUGAUGAGGCCGACAAACUCCACAUUCAGGUCAAUGAUGUCAUCACCAUCAUAGAGGGGAGGGCAGAGAACUACUGGUGGCGAGGUCAGAACAAGCGGACCCUGAAGAUGGGACAGUUCCCCAGAAACGUGGUGACAUCAGUCGCGGGUUUGUCGGCUCAUGACAUCAGCCGGCCGCUCAAGAACAGCUUCAUCCACACGGGACACGGAGACUCCAACCCUCACCACUGCUGGGGCUUCCCUGACAGGAUCGAUGAUCUGUACCUCGGGAAUCCCAUGGACCCUCCGGAUGUCCUCAGUGUCGACCUCAGUGCUGCUCGUCCCACACAGCUCCCAGGGCGGGCUAGAAAGGAGCCUCCUCCCCGGCCUCCUCAACCGGCCGUGUUUAUCAAGAAGCCUUGCUAUGAUCCAGUGAACGAUGAUGAGGAUCUGACUUCAGCCGGACUAAAGAGAUUAUCACUUCGAAAAACAGGAUCUGUCAAAGGCUUAAAACUGAAACCGGCUGCGUGGAUCUCUGCCUCCAAACAGGGGGGAGGCCGGACUUCAGGCCCAGGGUGCAACCCCCACAGUGAGGUGUCCCUCAUUGACUUUGGGGAGGAGUUCCCCCCGCCAACACCCUCCCCCUCCCCUGUGUUUGAAGUUCAGAUUCCUUUCCUUGCACGGCUCGCUUUGGAAGCAGGGAACAUCCUUGAUCGGACUCCACCUCAGAGCCCGUCGAAAUCUUUGCCCCGCCCCCUACACCCAACGCCUGUUGUGGACUGGGAUGCUCGGCCUUUACCUCCACCCCCAGCAUAUGAUGAUGUAGCUCAGGAUGAAGACGACAUGGAGGUGAGCUCCAUCAACAGCUCGGAGCAGCAGCAUGAAGAGGAGCUGGAGGAAGAUCAUAUCAGUGCUGUUCAGAAGGUGGAGGGUGAGGUGCUGGUCUCCAGGGGUUCAGAAAGACCAGGACUGGAGGACAACCUCUUCCUCCCCAGCAAGCACAGCCACAAUCUGUCCACCUCCUUCUCCCAGUCAGCGGAGAUCUUCCAGGAGCUGCAGCAGGAAUGCAUGAGGAGACUCAACGUACCCACAGCUAGUGCUGCACCCUCUCAGACCUCCACCUCCUGCCCCCAGACUCCACAGACUGAGGGACACCAGCAGGGUGUCCUGUUCCCCAAUGAUGACAAACCUCAGAUCCCCCCUCGUGUCCCCAUCCCCCCACGCCCUGUAAAAAGAGGCGACUACUCCUCUUCUCGCUGGUCGAGGGAUCUCUCUCUGUCACCGACAACGGUCGACCCAGUUGAUGAUGUUUCAGCCUUAGACCAGGACAGACCUCCUCAGAUUCCCCCCAGGGACCCUCUGUCCCAGCCGGGCUCCAGAACUCCCAGCCCCAUGACCCUGGUGGUGGGCUCCCCCCAGCAGAGAAUCUACUCUGUCAGCCCCACCACCUCCUGCUCCUCCACACACAACUACGGCUCCUACCUCUCCACCUCCCCGGGUAAACUUAUGCCCACCACGCACAGCUUCGCCUCAGACCCCAAAUAUGCUGCACCUAAAGUGAUCCAGGCGCAGGGGAAGGACGCCUCUAGUAAGGGCCCCUGUAUCCUCCCUAUUGUACGAGAUGGACGUAAAGUCAGUAACACCCACUAUUACCUUCUACCAGAGAGGCCACCGUACCUCGACCGCUACGACCGCUUCUUCAGGGAGGCGGAGAGUCUGCCCUCCAGCGCUGUGGAGGAGAGACACGUACGGCAAGCUAACAUGGCCACAGUCAGGCCCAUGGUGGUCAGUGGCCAGACCCUACAGGGACACGCCCAGGGACAGGGACUCGCCCAGCCUGGCGAGCUGAAGGCCAACUUCUCCUCCAACAAUAACAGCAGUCUAGGUGUGCCGCGGCCAGGGAUGAAGACAUCAGUUAGUCUCCCUCGCGUCUGUUCAGACGGCCUGACAGCACCAGUGGGUCUUGCUUCCUGCACCAGGACAGACGGAGGAGGGAACUCUUCAAACAGGGUCCAAAUGGUGCAGGAAGCAGUUCACGGUGUGACGAUAGAGGAGUGCCAGGCCGCCCUCCAGAACCACAACUGGAACAUUCAGAAAGCUGUGCAUUAUCUAAAGGUGGAGCAGUUGUUCGGUUUGGGCCUGAGGAGCAAGUCUGAGUGUCUAAAGCUGCUGGAGAUGUGUGACUGGAACCUGGAGGUGGCCAGCACGCAGAUGUUAGAUAACUAUGGAUCCACAAACAGACAGAGACGGUGACAGAGAUCCCGAGCUGCUGAGCUCUGAUUCGGGACUUCAUCCUCAGAAAAACAUCAUCAGCCAAGUUGAAUCCACACCUGACCCUCCUGUUCACACACAGCCGAUCAGAAGGCUGUAUUUGACUUUGGAAGAAUCCAGCACAUUUUUUGUGAACUAGGACAAACACCAAACCGCAUUAUGGUUCCUUUUAUAUUUAACAUGGACGAAGGAAUUCAGCCGUCACUUUUUUUGACAAAGUUUGACCUUUGGACUGAGAGAUACGUGACUGUUGCACUUAUGAAGAAUUUUCAGACUACCACCUACCAUCUACCAUCUUUUAAAUGAAGGAACCUCUCCUUACUUAUGAGAACAAUUUAAAAGAACAUAAACCUGGGUGCUUCAUCACCAGGUAAGAUCCUCUUACCGGUUAUCUCACUGCUGCAAUGACACUGUUGACUGACUGCAGAGAGGUUAUUUAAACUUUUUUUUUUUUUUUUUUUACUAAUUAUAUUAAAAAGUUGGUCUGAAGUAAAUCUGAAGAGUCCAAACGCAGCGGAAUAGCACAAUAAAAUCAGUGGCACUCCACAAAAAUGUCAGUACUUUGAAAAAGUAUUUUAAUAUUGUUUUGAACAUACUCACAGCCGAGUGUACGGUAACUGAGAUCUGUUUUUCUAAUUCCUCAGACCGUUUGGGAAUUUAACUUAAAACACUGAAUAGAUAAUGUGGAGACAGUCCAUGAAAGUUUAACCUUGUUUUGGCUUCCGCAGCGCGAUUUCAAAGCUUUUGUUUUUUUUCGAUUGUUCAAAAGCACAACAAAACAUAAAGUGGAUAUUUAAAUGGUAGCCCAGGUCGUACUGCACAGGAAAUAAGAUGGUCUUUGUAUUUUUAGGGAUAUGAUCAUGCUGCUGAGUCAAGGAUAUAUGUGCAGAAGAAAUACUGUUAAAAAAAAAAGUUUCUACCUUAAUAAGGGUCACCCUAUGGACAAUUUGUCGAGCACUUUUUAAAGUUGGUAUGGGGCUGAUAGUUAGAUUUCUGUGUGGAGAGUUAAAGGUGAAAUCGGAGGAGAAUAAAUGGAAACAGAAGAUCAGAAGAAGCAGUUUGUCUGAGAUUUACUUGUUUUUGGAGACUUACAAAAGGUUUUUAUUUAUUAAUCUUACCUUCUCUUCAAAGACAUUGAGUUAAUAUUAUAUAUUAUGAAUGCAGUUCUCAAAGGCAGACCAUCAUAUGGGUCUCCCUUUCCAUUUACCACCAAUCUAUGACUAUGGUGAUGUGAGGCUUAGGAAUACAAUGGACACACCUCCGAUUAGACCUCACCUCUAAGCACCCACACAGACCUCCCGUGUAUAAGCUCAAAAGUCCUUCCAGCUCUGAGUUUUCUGAAAGAGUCCACACUACUUUGGAAGCCAAUAACGGCAUUGCGGUAAAAAUUUACCCCGAAGCACACUUGCUGUUCCCAUUAUCAUCACUUCAAAGCACAAGUGUGAUACUCUGGUCAGCAGCUUCAGGGGGCAGAAUUGUGUGAAACUGUGAGGAUGUGUCUGUCAGCGCUGGGUGAACUCACUGCUGGAUGUGACAAUAGAUCUCCUGAGUGGGCAUUGUCACAGUGCAGCCCUCAGCUAUGGGGUGUUCAAAACUCAGUGCCCUUUCCAACUUUAGUUUUUUCCCCAAUUUAUUCCAGAUACACUUAUUUUGUGAAAACUCUGCUUAAAGGAAGGAAAACAAAGCUCUGAAAGGAAUUUAUGAUUUGGCCCAAUCAGUCCUGAAAAAACACAUUUAACUGGUUUGCUCACAUGAUCCCUACUGUUCUUCUUCUGUGGAUAAUAUACCAGUCUUUACCAAAUGUUGCCCAUCUAUUAAUAUUACAACAUCAAUGUUUAUCCUCAUGUAGACACUGGCUGUGCUCCAAACAAACUGGUCCCUCCAUAUGUCCAUAAACCCACCCCCCCUGUAAAUGUCAUGUCUGAGCACAAUCUGUCUGGGCAGGAGCUUCAAACGGCCUCUGAAAAAGCUAAUGUGGAAGCACAACAAGCCUGCUGUCUGCCUGGGCAAAUUAAGAGGUUUGGAGAAUAAAUAAAUAUGAUAAAUGGUGUUUUUUAAGGAUGUACAGGACUGAUUUUAGAAUAAAGCUUUCUCCUGUGUGCAAUAAGGCUGCUGUAGAACCUGUAACCUCCCACUCUGUCCAUCCAUUGGUGCCAUCCUGCUGUGUGAAAUCAGCUCUGAUUCUCUGUCGUUUGUGUUAUUGAAUGCACAGCAAACACCUUUUUUCAGUAUGAAGUGUUUGGUGACUCUGUUUUCCUUUCCUAAAAAUGACAUGAAGUUGUUCUGUAACACUGAUCCACUCUCAGUUUAGGUCGAGCUGAAAAGCUUGAUGUGAGUCUGUUCAUGUGUCGGGUUUUGUCUUUAAACCAAGCUGCUGUAGUUGUUUUGAAGGACUGAAGUGAACCUCGUGGUGUUGUGAUCGACCCCCAGCAACAUUGUUCUCUUGUUGUUGAAACUCUCUGUUCAGUUCUGUUUAGUCAUUGUUCGUCCACGUCUGUUUCCUCAGAAACUCGGCUAUUUGAUGUCAUUUUUAAUCAUUUUCAUCUUUUUCCUUCAAUCCAUUUUUGCCAUUACUUCCUCAUUUGUGUUUUUAUUUGAAACUCCUCCUGUACAGUUGGUUUUCUCUGUGUUUCUCCUCCUGGAUUGAUGGAAAUGUUGAAGAGAAGUUCAUGCUGCCGAAUUUAUAAAUGUAUUUUUUAUUAAAGAUUUGAUUAUUUUUUAA